AUGGAGUAUGCCACUGACAAUCGCGUGCUCAAGUUCUUGAGCGAUUUAAAAAAGUCCAAGAUCACUCUCGUGGAAUGGGAGACUCCUCUACUAGAGCGCUUGGGGUACCCUCUUGCACCCAAAGCAGAUCUACUGUUCUUGAUCCCCGACAAGCAAAUAGAAGCUGCCAGACAUAUCGCCGAAGCAAAUGGACUGAAAGAUAACGACCGACCUCCAAGCUAUAUGGCUGAACAUGCACGCAAGUGCUUUCGCUAUGUCUUUGGAGAGUCGAGUCACAGAUUCAUCCUGGUGCCCAUGUCCUGGACUGGGAUUCAACAAAAGGAGCUGGUAGCUUUAAACUCGCCUACGCUUCCAUGCCCUUUAUGGACGAUGCCUGUCCCUGCCUUUUGCGCUGCCUACUUGCGAAUCAUUAUGCAAGAGCAUGCUGGGAGUACCGUUCGUUUGAUGGCAAAUGCAGAUCUGGCAAGCGUCAUCGGCUACAGCAUGUUCGAUAUGAGCUACGAGGGGGACUAUAUGCCUACGCCAGAGGACUUGGAGCAUCUAGAUGCAGCCAAAAAAGAAAGGAUGGCUGAAAAGGAUGCUUUGGAGAUGAGAAAUGCUCUUAGUAGCAUAAAGCAAUGGCAAUUCACAGAAGAGACGGAGUGGGCAAGAGACAUGAUGCUUCAGUUAGUAUCUGGGAAGCUGUCGUAUGAGGAUUUACCGACAAGCAGUAGAUUAAAAUUUUGA